CAUUAAAUCCAAUGAAGAACAUGCUGACCAAUGAUCUGAGUCGUAUGAAACCACUACAGUAUCUUUUUUAUUCCUUUGAAGUUUGAACAGAUCCAAAAACAAGAGAAGAGUUUACAUGUCGUUCUAUACCCAACUUCGGGCUUAAUUCAGGAUAUAAAACAGCAGAACCAAAAUGCAGAACUAAAUCCAUGCAGCAUAAGAAACAAAACAAACCCACAAAGACUCCUGUCUCUCCCCUUCUUCCCGUUUUUCAGUCACCACCAUCGUCGUCAAAUCAAAUCAAAUAAUAGGUUAACACAGACAUUCACAAGUCGGAAACACGAACAGAUGCCUUGUUUCCAUGCCCAACUCGACCUUGCAAAGUGUGGAUUCAACUCCCAAUUUGAAAAGAAUUGAAUCAUAGGUUUUCCAUAUGGAACUAAAAUUAACACAGGAUUAGUAAACGAAUGUGUGACAAUAGGAGAAGACCAGAUUUCUCUCACCUAAAGAAUUCAACAAGGCCUGCAAUUUCCCUACACUGAAGCUUGCAUUGAGCAGCUAACUUCAUACUUUUAGAAAUGGCGAGCCCCGUCUGUUUGUGUGUAGAUGCUGGCAUAUAUGAAUCAGCUUCUUUUUCUUUCCCUGCUUCAAGAGCUUCCCUAGCAGGAAUCACAUUCUCCCACCAAAACUCCUUCAACAUCCCACACAUUAGCUCCCAGUAAUCACGGUCCCUGGGGACACGGAAUAUCGUGCUACCAUUCGGCAUCCAGCAAUACAAAUCUGCCCAUUCUCUAUCCAUAAUCUCCAGCUGACCUUGAACCUGAGGCAUGUAAUAGAAAGGCAUGGUCGACCAAGGGAGACCCUGCUCGGGCUUCCCCUUGUUAUAAGGACACUUCACUUCCAAUAUCCCACCUUCAGGAAAGCACCCAAGUAGACCAUCUGGUGAAGCACCAAGCCAAUCGAGCUUCUCUUGUGCAUGGACUGCAAACCCUAGUGAGCUAACCUCACGACCCGUGAUGCUUCUAUAUCGGUCGAUGGCUAAUGAUUCAUUGAGCACACCCCAUUCCAUUGCAUUCUUUGAAGCUGGAACAAACUCAACUUCUGAUGCAAAAACCUUUUCACGCCAGAGCUCUGGUCGUCGUUUCCCCUUCCAAAACCCCAAGGCGGUACUAAAGGUGCUUGUGGUCAGCUUGUCCUUCCUAAGGGCAAACCAUUCCUCCGAGCGUUGAGGUGCAUCUGAUUGGGUGAUGCAGGCGGAUAAGGCUAGGGGUUUGAAAGAAGGUGUUGGAGAUAUCAACAGUUGUGAGCUGGUGAAAAAUCUGCAGCCAGAGAGAUUGGUGCAGGUCUUUGUGGAGGAUGAUGAUAUUGUUAUUGUGACCCUCUUGUGGUGGAUAUGGUUGACUCUAGUAAUGCAGGCAUUGGUCAUUGCAAAGAGUAUAAGACUGUAGGCAGUGACUCGGUUUUGGUGAAACCCCGUCCUACAAUAGCCACACACUGGAACUGGAAGAAAUUUUUGGUUGCUGGAGUUGUUCUUUUGAGCUGAGAGUGGAAUGGAAGAAAGGGCUUUACCAUUGACGGAAGAUAAAGAAGCUCUUGAUUGCUGAGAAGAGACGUGAAUUCGGUUCAUCUCCGUCUAUAGCAUUUUGAAGGUUCGUCUUGGGAAAAUAAAAAUGGCGCGAAGGGAUUGAGCUGAGGCCCGAGGGAUCCGACACGACAGAGCCAGAGGCGCGCAGUGCGCAGAUGAUGAAAGAGUCGACGCUGAGAUAUUUCCUUAUGCUGCUGCCGAGGUUUCGCCUAAACGAGGUCGUUUGACCUUUGGCUUCUCGUCUCAUCCUAUUUCUUCCCCUCUAUUCUCCGCUGUUAAUCCUCAAAGCCUAAAGCUUUUACUUCACGCACCCUCCUCCCUCUCUCUAAGCUAUUCCGCUCGCUUCCAAAUCCAAUUCUCCUCCCAUCAAUCUUCCGCCUCCAUACUCAACCGACAGACAAGGACCAAAAAACAGAGUUCAACCUUCAUCAAUGGCUUCACUCCGCCGCCCUUUCGUCUCUCCUUGCUGAACCCACAAGUUAAUUUCCAGUUCUCAACAAAACCCAGUUUCCAGCUCGGGGUAAAGCUGAAUUUUGUGCAAUAGAUAUGUAUCUGUCGGAGAAGCCUCGCGCAAUUGAUUUCUACAAAGAAGAACUACCGCCGCCUGCUGCUUCGAGAGACAACAUGAUUAUAGAAGUCGUUUCCCCUAAUGGCGAUUUGCAGCGACUUCCUCAGCAGCAGCAGCACAGUAAUCAUCCUCCGCCUCCCCCGCCACCUCAGCCGCAGCAAAUGAUUCUAGGGGAGAGCAGCGGGGAAGACACACAUGAAGUGAGAGCUCCUAAAAAAAGAGCGGAGACUUGGGUACAGGACGAAACACGGAGCUUGAUUGCUUUGCGAAGGGAAAUGGAUUUGCUGUUCAAUACAUCUAAAUCGAACAAGCACUUGUGGGAGGAGAUUUCGUUGAAGAUGAGGGAAAAGGGUUUUGAUCGAUCUCCGACCAUGUGUACUGAUAAGUGGAGGAAUUUGUUGAAGGAGUUCAAGAAGGCUAAGCAUCAGGAGAAAGGAAGCAGUGGAGGGUCUGCAAAGAUGUCUUAUUACAAAGAGAUUGAUGAGAUUUUGAAGGACAGAGGGAAGAGUAGUCAGCCGUAUAAAAGCCCCACUCCUACUUCUAAAGUCGACUCAUAUAUGCAGUUUGCUGAUAAAGGUUUUGAAGAUGCAAGUUUAUCUUUUGGACCAGUUGAAGGUUCUUGGUGUGCAGCUAGUGGCAGGCCAACGCUGAACCUCGAAAGACGAUUGGAUCACGAUGGUCAUCCCCUUGCCAUCACUGCAGCUGAUGCUGUUGCAGCAAGUGGAGUUCCUCCUUGGAAUUGGAGAGAAGCCCCCGGAAGUGGUGCUGACAGUCAGUCAUAUGGUGGGAGGGUGAUAACAGUCAAGUAUGGAGACUACUUGAGAAGGAUUGGCAUUGAUGGAACUGCCGAUGCCAUCAAGGAUGCAAUUCGGUCUGGUUUCAGAUUAAGAACUAAACGUGCAUUUUGGUUGGAGGAUGAAGAUCAAGUAAUACGCAGUCUCGACCGGGAUAUGCCGCUCGGGAACUACACUCUUCAUCUUGAUGAAGGUUUGGGUAUAAAGGUAUGCUUGUACGAUGAGACCGACCACAUACCAGUGCACACUGAGGAGAAGCUUUUCUAUACCGAAGACGACUACCGGGACUUUCUAAACCGACGUGGAUGGACAUGCUUGAGGGAGUUUGAUGGUUACAGAAACGUUGAUAGUAUGGACGAUCUCAGGCCUGGCGCCUUGUAUCGUGGCGUGAAUUGAUUAUAUAGCCAUGACUGACCAUUUCUGCAAGCACCAAUUUGUCAGUAACAUCUCUUUGUUUCCUUGUGUUUUAUGCAUGUAUUUAUGGCCGCUCUCUCCAAAAGUGUAUACAUAAUUUGUAGCUUGUGAAAAUAGUUAGGGUUGACUUGGACAGUUUCAACGUUUCUGUACAUACUGUAGCUUAAAAGUUUUGUUUCGUUCAAUAUCAGCAAAGCUUUGUUCAGUUUAUUUUAAUCCAAAAAGAUGGAAACGUGUGUUCUGUCUGAUAGGG